AUGAAAGCACCUGUGGAUCUCCCACUGGGAGUCGUGUCCUUCCUCCUCCUUGCAAGCACGGUGCUUGGCAGCAGCAGCAGAAUAAACAAUCAUACAAGACCGACAGCGGCAAAAGUGUCCGUCCCCAUGCAAUCAAGCCCCCUGGGUCCUCUCUUCAACAUCACGCUUGGCACACCGCCGCAGCCCUUGACCAUGCUAAGCGACUGGACGUGGAUGUCGCUUUUUGCACGUUCUGCAAACUGCUUGGGAUCGUACAAUAUCUCAAAAUGCAUCCCAUCCGGCCAAGAAUACUUCGAUGAGAGGAGAUCACGAACAUUCGCUACGACCAAUCUUUCCGCAACUGGAUGGGAAAGAACUAGCUUCCUACCCGGAUACGAAUUCGCCGUGACGUACGAUCGGGACAAAGUCUGCAUCGGAGACAUCUGCGACAACGGGGUGGUCUUCCAGCUUUCGGAUUUCGAUAUUGCCGUUGACGAGGCGGUUCCGUUUGGUGGAAUCUUUGGCCUCUCGCCUGUUUUCCCUUCGGAAAAUGUCACAUUCUACCCGGCUUCUUAUCAGGCCUACCUUGGGGGUCAGCUGGGUCCAAAAGUGGGAUUCCAUUCCUGUGCAGCGUUGACUUCCAAGUCCACCUGCGGCGGAGGUGAUAUGCAGACUGUUUUCGGUGGUACGGCCGGCAGUGACGGUUUUGAUCCCACCGAUGUUGUUCGCUUUGACGUGGAUGUCGGGAGCUGCCUCUCUGAGAGUUCUCCGCUGAAUGUCACUCCUUCUCGAAACAAUUUCUGGGCGAUUGAGUGGACGGGGAUGUGGAUCGGAUCGGAGAAGGUGGACCUUAAUCGAGAGACCGUGCUCACCGGAUGCGCUGAUGGGACACCAAGAGCUGUCUUCGAUGAGGGCUCGGAGGGUUAUGGUGCUCCGGUGCCACUGAAUGCACUUGCUGAUUUUCUGCUUGCGACCAAUGCCACCGAAUCUGGCCCAGGCUCAGCGGUAUCGUAUUUACUGCCAGGAGUCGACGAUCUUGAUAGGCUUCCGACUCUCACUUAUGAGUUCGAGGGAAAGCAGAAUUACACCGUCUCACCGAGGACCUACGUGAGUUGUUCCGGGGGAAACUGCACGCUAAACAUCAAGACGUGGGAUUUUUACUCAAAUGGUCCUAUGGCACUUUUUGGACAGACUUUCUUCGAGACUCUUUACGUGAUCUUGGACUUUGAAAGUCUUCAAGUGGGACUGGCACCUUUGAAGAAGAGCUUGAUAGCUUCGGGGAAAUGA